GGGGCAGCGAGACGUCGGACAUGUGUCAGCACAUCUGGGGCGCACAUCCGUCGAGCCCGAGGGGAGAUUUGCCGGAACAAUUCAAACUGCGAUAUUGAUCUUGGGGGUGACUGUCCCUGGCCGGCUGUCGGGUGGGAGUGCGAGUGUGCGCUCGCUCGCAAGUGUGUGCGUGUUUGUAUGUGUGUGUGCCGUGUCGGGCUCCCCCCUUCCCCCCCUGUUUUCCCGUCGAGUGAUGCACUUGGAAUGAGAAUCAGAGGAUGGAAAUAGUCUGGGAGGUGCUUUUUCUUCUUCAAGCCAAUUUCAUCGUCUGCAUAUCAGCUCAACAGAAUUCACCAAAAAUCCAUGAAGGCUGGUGGGCGUACAAGGAGGUGGUCCAGGGAAGCUUUGUUCCAGUUCCUUCUUUCUGGGGAUUGGUGAACUCAGCUUGGAAUCUUUGCUCUGUGGGGAAACGGCAGUCACCGGUCAACAUAGAGACCAGUCACAUGAUCUUCGACCCCUUUCUGACGCCCCUGCGCAUCAACACUGGGGGCAGGAAGGUCAGUGGGACCAUGUACAACACUGGAAGACAUGUGUCCCUGCGCCUGGACAAGGAGCACUUGGUUAACAUAUCAGGAGGACCCAUGACAUACAGCCACCGGCUGGAGGAGAUCCGACUACACUUCGGGAGUGAGGAUAGCCAAGGGUCGGAGCACCUCCUCAACGGACAAGCCUUCUCUGGGGAGGUGCAGCUCAUCCACUAUAACCAUGAGUUAUAUACAAAUGUCACAGAAGCUGCAAAGAGCCCUAAUGGAUUGGUGGUAGUUUCUAUAUUUAUAAAAGUUUCUGAUUCAUCAAACCCAUUUCUUAAUCGAAUGCUCAACAGAGAUACUAUCACAAGAAUAACAUAUAAAAAUGAUGCAUAUUUACUACAGGGACUUAAUAUAGAGGAACUAUAUCCAGAGACCUCUAGUUUCAUUACGUAUGACGGGUCAAUGACUAUCCCACCCUGCUAUGAGACGGCAAGUUGGAUAAUAAUGAACAAACCCGUCUAUAUAACCAGGAUGCAGAUGCAUUCCUUACGGCUGCUCAGCCAGAACCAGCCGUCUCAGAUCUUUCUGAGCAUGAGUGACAACUUCAGACCCGUGCAGCCACUCAACAACCGCUGUAUCCGCACCAACAUCAACUUCAGUUUACAGGGGAAGGACUGUCCCAACAACCGAGCCCAGAAGCUUCAGUAUAGAGUAAAUGAAUGGCUCCUCAAGUAGGGAAUGAGACCAAGAAGAAUCUCAAGAAGAAAUGCUACAACUUUGAAUUGAUGUAACCUAGAAUGCCCCCCUCUUUCUUCUCUCUCCCUCUCUCCCUCAAGCCUCAUUCACUCUUUGGAUUGGCCCUUUCUUCAUGAAAAGUAUCUGCAAAACCAUGGCAGAGGAACACGUCUCUUCCACACACUCAGAGACACACACACACG